GAGGGCACGUGUCUGCACCGUCUGGAUGAAGAGCUGAUUAACCGGCGACGGGAGGAACUCAGGCACGCGCUGGACAUCAGAGAACACUACGAGAGAAAGCUGGAGAGAGCCAAUAACCUCUACAUGGAGCUGAACGCCGUCAUGCUGCAGCUGGAGCUCAAGGAGAAAGAGCUGCUCAGGAGGGAACAGUGUCUGGAUAAGAAAUAUCCCGGUCUGUUCAAACAUCACACCUCGACCACAGUGGACAAACUCAUCAAGAAGAGAAGCGUCCCUCAGAAACUGCCGUCUCAUGGCAAGAGACCCGACCUCCUGAGGUCAGAGAUCAUUCUCCCCAAGAUGGACGCUGGUGUGAUGCAGGUGACCGUCCCGCCGUGUGCAAACCGAGGACCUACCUCACCUAGUCGGAACCGCAGGGUGAAAACACGUCAUCGGAGGGGUGGCAGAGGAAGCAGUGGGGAUCUGUCAGGGCCUAAGCACCCCUCUGCCCCUGCUAGCCAAGAAAGAAAGCCCCCGCUGUCCAGCACGACGGCGCCCGCCGCACCCCUAGCUGAAACGGCUUCAGUGGGCGCCAUAAGGGAGGGCCAGCUGGAGCCACCCCCGCUGAAGCUGUCCUCGUCCAGCCCGGAUCUGCUAUGCUCCACCCGCCACGCUGAAGAUGGAGUCAGUGGUGCCGCCACGACUGAAGCCCUGGUCAGAGAGACCAGCGGAGGGGCUGAAGCGGGCGCCGGUCUGGACGAGACUCCACCCAGAAGUGACACGGCCAGUGAGGACGCCGCUUCCCUGCCGUUCUCCAGCAGCCCUGAUUCCCCCUGCUGUGGCAGAAGUGGAGCGGUGGGCAGAACCCAUGCCGAGGAGAGAGAGGAGGGCACCGGCGCCGUGCGAUUGCCCAGAGGAUCCAGCGGAAGUCAUCUGACUCCAUCAGCCAUACUGUAUCGAGCUGCUAUCACACGCAAACAGCGACGUGGUGUUUCCUCUGAAGAAGAAGAGGGUGAAGUGGACAGUGAGGUGGAGUUACCAAGAAGACGACGGCCAACCAGUAUAACCAAGUGCCAAUCAGUGUCCACUUUCAGCUCAGAGAACCUGUCGGUUUCAGAGGGAGAGGAGGGCCACACCACUGACCACUCCCACAGCGGCACACCAGAUGUUGUCAGUACCAACACCGACGAGCGUCUGGACGACCGCAGCGAUGACCUCAUCUCCCAAGGGUCUGAGAUCCCUGUGGAUAUUACAGACCCCACUCUGUCUGAGAGAGAGGCAGCUGCCCUCGAACUGGAGAGAGCCAAUUUUGACCUGGAACAAAAUAUCCAGGAGACUCGCGCAUUAUGUGAGGACUCGGACUGUGACAGUGCUGAGCUUGACCAAUCAGGGAGCGGAGAGCCGAGCCGUCCCCCGAGUGCAGGAGGCUGGGGCCAGGGGCCACAAAACUGAAACACACACACACACACACACACACACACACGUGAACCCGUGCAAUUAAGCACACACAGGCAUCACACCAGCACACACUUUCACUUUAGGUUGCACCAAAGUAAAACUGAUUUUCGUGAAACACGUGUGUGUACACAUCAUC